CACUUCUGCCUUUGCCUCUGUUAAUAGGAAACCUUUGGAAAUUUCAAAGAGAAAAGCUUUCAAUUCACUACAGUCUUUUAGUGUACCAGCACGCGUUUUCUACUCUCUCGGUUGCGUUAAUAUCUUCCAUCUCAGUGUUUGAAUUAAGCUUCCAUAUCAAAACAACAAGGAAAGAAGAUGAUUGUGAACAAGACCUGGAAGUUUGUAAGAUUAAAACAAGAUUUUGGAGUUGUUAUCGUGCUGUUUUUCCUAUGUCAAACUUUGGGUUGCUGGUCGUUGAGUGAAGAUGGGUUGGCUUUGUUGAGACUGAAAGAGAAAGUGGUGAAUGAUCCAUUUGGUGCUUUGUGGGAUUGGAAGAAAGAAGAAGGAGAAGUUGACCAUUGUUCCUGGUUUGGUGUCCAAUGCUCUGAUGAUGGCAAAGUUGUUGUUUUGAACUUGAAAGAUCUUUAUCUUGAAGGAACAUUAGCACCUGAGCUUGGAAACCUAGCUCACAUCAAGUCUAUAAAUUUAAGGAACAACCGUUUUACUGGGAAAAUCCCAGAAGGAAUUGGAGAACUGAAGGAAUUAGAGGUGUUAGACUUGGGAUAUAAUAACUUGAGUGGACUAAUUCCACUUCAACUUGGUUCCACUUUGUCACUAACAGUUCUCUUAGUAGACAAUAAUGAGCUUCUAGAUCAACCAUUGGAGGCUACUAAAUCCACUUGCAACCAAAGGGAGCUAGGCGAAUCUAAAUAUGUUGCAAAAAGGAAACUAGUGCAGAAAAUGCCGGCAAUUCCUGCAAUGCCACCAAAAUCACACCUUUUAUUCAAUGAACAUUCUGCUGCACGUCGAGGUCGAAAUUCUCCUCCAUCUUUGAAGUCUUCCGCAAAUCGUACAUCGGCAAGAGAUGCUCCCUCAACUUCUAAGCCUUCUGCAAAUCGUACAUUGGCAAGAGGUCCUCAGAAGAAACAAUGGUCCACUACUCUGGCUCGGUCUCCUUCUCCUUCAGAUAAGAAAGUAUCACCUGAUGCUUCUGCUCCAUCCCAUUCAAAUUCACAUCAUCAAACUGCAAUACUGGCUGGAGCCAUAGGGGGUACCAUAUGUCUUCUGAUAUUAAUAGCCAUUGCUUAUCUCUUUAAAACAUCCAAGGUGUCUCCUGUGAAACCUUGGAAAACAGGGUUAAGUGGAAAGCUUCAGAAAGCAUUUGUGACUGGUGUACCGAAGCUGAAGAGAUCAGAGCUGGAAGCAGCCUGUGAAGAUUUCAGCAAUGUAAUAUGUUCUUCAACAAUUGGCACUGUCUACAAAGGGACACUGUCCAAUGGGGUUGAAAUAGCAGUGGCCUCUUUCCCAGCGAAAUCUGCCAAAGAUUGGUCAAAGAACUUGGAAACACAGUUCAGAAACAAGAUUGACACAUUGUCGAAAGUGAACCACAAAAAUUUUGUCAACCUUCUCGGAUAUUGCGAGGAAAAUGAGCCUUUUACUAGGAUGAUGGUCUUUGAAUACGCCCCUAGUGGCACUCUCUUUGAGCAUUUACACAUUCAAGAAUCUGAGCACUUAGACUGGAUGAUGAGGCUGAGAAUCAUAUUGGGGAUGGCUUACUGCCUCGAGCACAUGCACCAGCUGAACCCACCGAUACCGCAAAAAAACCUCUCGUCCUCAGCUGUUGUUCUAACAGAGGACUAUGCAGCCAAAAUCUCAGACCCAUGUUUCACCAACCUGUCUGAUACCCCACCAGCUACACUAGGAAGCAAUGUCUACACAUUUGGUGUAUUACUAUUCGAAAUGGUCACAGGUAGGAUGCCUUACAUGGUGGACAAUGGCUCAUUCGAUGACUGGGCGUCACACUAUUUGAGAAACGAGCAAGCCCUCGUGGAGACGAUCGAUCCUACCCUAAAAUCUUUUGACAAGAAGCAAGUUGAGGACAUUGGUGAGGUCAUAAAAGCUUGUGUUCACCCUGAACCUGGACAAAGACCGAAUAUGAGAGAAGUUAGUAAUAGGUUGAGAGAGAUCACUGCAAUUACACCUGAUGGUGCCACACCAAAACUUUCUCCUCUUUGGUGGGCUGAGCUUGAGAUUAUGUCUGCUGAAGCAAGCUAAGAGGUGGUGAGAUUUUAAACGUUUUAUCGAUCUUAUGCAGGUCGGUAAUGGUCGUACUUUAUUGGUGUGUACCUCAAGUGUCUCUGUUUAUCCGUUUAACGGUCUAAGCAUAGACUAACCGGUGAACGGCCACAGGAAGGCAACUCUCGGAAGUAUUUAACUAGUAAUGGUUGUACUUAUUAAUAGGCUAAUGGAAACUCUGCCGUAGUAACGUAUAUACUUGAGAUGGCCAGCAAAAAUCUGGGGAAUCUUGCCA